CUAGGGGCGGGUAGGUGGGGGUCAAGGUGGGGGGACCAGGUGACGGGGUAGCCUGGGGUGAGGACGUCGUUCAGUAGAACAGUGAAGGGCGAGGGUCUCGCCGGGGCGGUGGCGGGGACCACACUGGGAGGAGGGGGCCGGGGUUGACCUUUCUGUGGGGGAUGGGAUUCGGAGCCCCGUCGAAUUUGGGGGUGGGUCUGGUCCUGGGGAAGGUUUGGGGGCGGGUCUGGUCUUCGGAAGGGUUUGGGGCGGGCCUGGUCCUGAGGAGGGCUUGGAGCGGGCCUGGUUCUGGGGAUGGUUUGGGGGCGGGCCGGGUCCUGGGGAGGGUUUGGGGCGGGCCUGGUGGGGAGGGGGCGGGCCUAGUUCUGGGGGUGCCCCGCCCCCGCCUAGCCCCGCCCGGCCCACUGGGCCCGCGUCCCGCAGGAGCCGCAGGCAGAGCGUCCGGCGGCCGGGAGGGACGCGGACCCACAGCCCGACGCACGGACGGAGGGACGCCGGAGCCCGCCUGACCAUGUGGAAGCUGGGCCGGGGCCGAGUGCUGCUGGACGAGCCCCCCGAGGAGGAGGACGGCCUGCGUGGGGGGCCGCCACCGGCCGCCGCCGCCGCCGCCCAGGCGCAGGUUCAGGGAGCAAGUUUCCGAGGUUGGAAAGAAGUGACUUCACUGUUUAACAAAGAUGAUGAGCAGCAUCUCCUGGAAAGAUGUAAAUCUCCCAAGUCCAAAGGAACUAACUUACGAUUAAAAGAAGAGUUGAAGGCAGAGAAGAAAUCUGGAUUUUGGGACAAUUUGGUUUUAAAACAGAAUAUACAGUCUAAAAAACCAGAUGAAAUUGAAGGUUGGGAGCCUCCAAAACUUGCUCUUGAAGACAUAUCGGCUGACCCUGAGGACACCGUGGGUGGCCACCCAUCCUGGUCAGGCUGGGAGGAUGACGCCAAGGGCUCGACCAAGUACACCAGCCUGGCCAGCUCUGCAAACAGCUCCAGGUGGAGCCUGCGCUCGGCAGGGAGGCUGAUUAAAGAAGUAUGGAUAAAUUUUAGUCACUCGAUAAUUUCAUUUAGGAAACAUUGUCUUGCUCAUUAUAGAGAGUUAAGACUGUGCAUAAAAUACUGAAGUGCCUCUUUUUUAUUAGGCUCGUAUGUUUGUUCUUGCAAAGCGAGAUGCCUAUUGUGAUUGGUGUUAGAUCUGUAAGAAGCUGUGUUUUUUCCACAAGAAUAACCGACGAGCAGUUUGAGAGCAUCUCGCGCGUUCUUUUUCUGUCUGCUUACUGUCCUUGACAAUGUGAUCCUGCACAGUAUCAGGUGCCAGUUAUGUGUCCCUGGAAGGUUGGCUCUUAUCAGCAAGUCCUGCAGAUAUCUCUUAGAUAAAAGUGGUUUGAAAGAAAAGGUAUAUUUUUCUUUUUUGUUUAAAAGUAAAAUAAAACCUCCAGUUACACUGUGCAUUCCCCUCACAUAAAAACAAGACAAAAACCCUUUCCUGAGUUGCUCGGCAUGCACUCCUGUGCUGUUUCAUGCGUGUGGAUGUUCCUUCCGUUUGUUCCUGUGGAAUAACUGAGUGUGCCUGAUGGCAGAACACACGGCAGUGUUAUCAGUGUCUGCAUGUUUUUUAAUAGAACAGGUUUACUUGAUCUGUCAUCUAUUAUGGAAAAAACAGCAAUUACUUUUGCAUCCAUCUAGCUAAAUCUAUAAUCUGUGUCAAUCACUUAUACCUAUCAAUCAUCCGUAUCUAUUCACCUGUCCUCUAUGUCUGUCUUCUCUCAGUCUACAUCCAUCUAGCCUUCUGUCAAUCAUCUACUUUUUUUUUUUUUAAUAGAACAAGAAGUUUACUUACCAAGUCUUGAAAGGGGGGACAUGCUUCAAGUGGUGUUCAAACAAAAAUUCCAGUUUGUAUUAGAACCUUGAAAUGGUGAAGUUGUGGAGGUUUUCUGUGUUCCAUAAUACAGAGACAAGUUCAUAAUUUUUAGUAUAACAGCUAAGUUGACAAAUUCUAAGUUUCCUCAGGUAAAUAGUCGUAACUGUCCUUUUCCCUAGAGAAGUGCUUGCUGGGAUAGUAAAAACAUACACCAUUUCAUGACUUCUGCAAAUACUUUCCAGCGGAAGUCAGUGUAGGUUUGUUUUUGGCUAACAUGGUCUUGCUGCACAGGAAUGUAAACACUGUGUUUGAAACUCUGGAAAUCACAUGCGUGUGGGGAGAUGGGGACGCUUCCCAUGUUGUGGGGAGCUCUGUGGCUGUGAUGGCUGCGGUUGCCGUGCCUCUGUUGGAACGCUAAGUGCCUGCAACUCACGUCAAUCAUAGAAUUGUGACGCACAGUUGGCAAAAUAGUUCUUUAUGCUAUUUCUCAAAAUUUGAGGACAAACCCAGAUUGGGAUUGGAAUAUGCACUGUAAAUCAAAUUUUUCUUAUCUACAAAGACUAAUGUAAAAAUGAUUUUUUCUUCUGUGCCUGAUUAAAUUAACUGUGGUUUUUAAUAUAAAUAUUUAUUGGUGUGCUUUGGGAGAAAAAUUAUCUUUUCUUGAAAGAACUUAUCAAAGCAAAUUUAUUAUCUUCACAAGUUAAUGGGAGAAUGUGGUUUUGAUUCUGGGUGUUUGAAUUGUGUAAACACACAGCUUCCUUGUGUGAAGAGAGUUGUCCUGUGCUCCUUCUACUGUACUUUUUUUAUUUUUUAAUAGGAAAGUGAUGUGCUUCAGAGAAGGGUUCCUCCUUAAUGUUGAGGUUUUUUAAAAAUAAAAAUACUGUUUUUAAGCUCUUUCCUUAUUGGUUUGCAUGAUUAUUGGCAUCUGCUUACGAUGGCUUUAAUCACUCAGAGCUAAUGGCACCUUUCCUAUUUAGCCUCAUUUUAGAAUGCGGUCAACACAUGUAGACUUUUCACAAAUAAAGGAACAACUUCAACCUUGGUUUUCAA